AAACUCAGACUCGCAAAUCAGCAACAACAAUGGCAGCCAAAUUCUUCGUGGUCCUGUCCCUGGCCGUAGCGGCGUCGGCCGUGCCGCUGGUGCCGGUGGCGAAGGUGGCGUACGCGGAGGUGGAGGCGCCCGCGCACUACGAGUUCCAGUACUCGGUGCACGACGAGCACAGCGGAGACAUCAAGCAGCAGCAGGAGGCGCGCGCCGGCGACGCCGUGCACGGCUCCUACUCGCUGCUGCAGCCCGACGGCCUGACGCGCGUCGUCGACUACUCCGCCGACAAGGAGCACGGCUUCAACGCCGUCGUGCGCUACGAGGGCCACCCCGCGCCCGCGCCCGCGCACCCCGUCAAGCUCGCCUACGCCGCCCCCGUCGCUAAGCUCGCCUACGCCGCCCCCGUCGCCAAGGUCGCCUACUCCGCCCCUGUCGCCUACGCCGCCCCCGUCGCCAAGGUUGCCUACGCCGCCCCUGUAGCCAAGGUCGCCUACUCCGCUCCCGUGGCCUACGCCGCCCCCGUUGCCAAGGUCGCCUACUCCGCCCCUGUCUCCUACGCCGCCCCCGUCGCCAAGGUCGCUUACAGCGCCCCCCUUGGCCACGUUACCUUCGCCUCCCCCGCCGUCUCCUACCACCACUAAGUUAUUUUGUUGAUGCUGUUAUUUAUUGAAACGAAUACUUAGGUACUAAUAAAUUAUUACAAAAGUUGACACAA